AUGAGAAUUCACACUGGAGAGAAGCCUUUUCGUUGCUCACAGUGUGGAAAAAGUUUUAAACAGAAAAAGUACCUUAAUGCCCACGUGACAAUUCACACUGGAGAGAAACCUUACACCUGCAAACUGUGUGGAAAGAGCUACAAAAGAAAUGAAAAUCUUAAAAUUCACAUGAGAAUUCACACUGGAGAGAAGCCUUACACCUGCAAACUGUGUGGGAAGAGCUUUACACAAAAAGAAAAUCUUAAAAUUCACACAGGAAAUCACACUGGAGAGAAGCCGUUCAAAUGCUCUCAGUGUGGAAAGAGUUUUAAACAGAAAAAGUACCUCAAUGGCCAUAUGACAAUUCACACUGGAGAGAAGCCAUUUGAUUGUGAUCAGUGUGAAAAGAGUUUCAGAUAUAAAGCACAGCUUGAUCUUCACAUGAGGAGUCACUCAGGAGAGAACUGUUUUAUAUGUCAGCAGUGUGGAAAGAGUUUCUCACACAGAGGAAACUUUGAGAAUCACAUGAGAAUUCACACUGGAGAGAAGCCUUUCACCUGCCAAGAGUGUGGAAAGAGCUUCACAAAUAAAGGAAACCUUAAGAUUCACAUGAGAGUUCACACUGGAGAGAAGCCUUACAAGUGUGUUCAGUGUGACAUCAGUUUCACAUAUCACACAAACCUGAAACGGCAUGUGCAAACUCACUCUGGAAAGAAAAUCCAAACCUGA